UACUAUCAACAGAAGUUAUAGCAUUCAUCAAGUUGACCAAUCACAAGACAACAGAUUUUCCAUGAUGCCCAACAACAACCAAUCGGAUGAGAGCAAGAACUCAUCCAAGGACAUGGACAUGCCAACCAAUGAAGAUGGCCGUGAGUCCCCCGAGUCCAGUGAAAGUGAUGAGCUGGCGUCGUCCUCCGAGGGGGAACUGUUCGGGAAGCGGCGGCGUGUGGGAACUCCUGUCAGCAGCCCCUUCAAAACGCCCCCGGGAAGCCCCUUCAAGAUGCCCAUGACUAUCCCUUCUCCCUCCCCUCCCCAGUGGAUCUCACUAGAGGAGCUGAUGACUGUGUCCAACGGUGUGACCAACAUGGCACUGGCUCACGAGAUCGCUGUGGACAAUGACUUUCAGCUACAGAAGUACAUGCCCCCUGAGAACAGCCUUGAGAAGCAAGUGAAGGACACCGUGCACAGGGCAUUCUGGGAUGCCUUGCGGGAGGAGCUAGCAGAAGAGCUGCCGACUUUCCAACACGCCAUUAACCUACUGGGAGAGGUGAAAGAGAUGCUGGUGUCCAUCCUGCUGCCCCAACAUUCCCGACUGCGCGCCCAAAUCAACGAAGUCCUCGACCUUGACCUGAUCACGCAAGAGGCGGAACACGGGGUGUUUGACGUGAAGCGCUGUGCCCGGUUCGUGAUUGACACCAUGGGUCGUCUGUGUGCCCCAGUUCGUGACCAGGACAUUGAAACCCUACGCGAAGUGGACAACGUGGUAGACAUGUUUAAGGAGAUUUUCCGUGUUCUGGAGCUGAUGAAAAUGGACAUGGCGAACUUCACCAUCCAGUCCAUGCGGCCGACCAUCCAGCAGCACAGCGUCGAGUACGAGCGCAAGAAGUUCCAGGAAUUCAUCGACAAACAGCCAAAUGCCCUCGAAGUCACCAAGACGUGGCUGUACCAGGCCUCUGAGGAGGUGAAAUCGUCACAACUCCCGUCAGGGUCACCUGAAGGGGCGGCAGCAGCAGCAGACAGGCCGUUCACCUCCAUGGAUGUGUUGGGACAUGCCUACAUCAUGCUGCUGAAGUGGGAAGAGAACAAACCAUUCCCAGAGACUGUUCUGAUGGACCAGGGACGGCUGGCGGAAAUCGGAGUGAAGUGUCGACAGAUCACCCUCAUCGCCUCCAUCCUCCUCAUCACACACAACGUCGUCGGGGCCGCCCUGGCUGGACUGCAGGGGUUCAGCGAGAAGCUGAAAGGCACCCUGGGAGUUUUGCUGGGGGACAUGCAAGAAAGUUCCUUUAAUCUUGAGGAGGCCCUUAAGAACAUCUCAGAGCAGGUGUGUAAGGAGGUGGACGAGUGUCUUGAGACGCGAGGCUUCCCUCGACUGGAUGAGAAGAGACGAGACAUCCUGAAGGCCCAGGUGCAGACGGCGGCCAACCCUGACAACUACAUCCACAACCUGAUCACAUCCCGUGUCUAUGGGUUUAUCCAGUCCGUCAUCACAGCACCAAAUCCGGCCAGUCAGGCCAAGGUCCCUGGAGGACUGACUGGGAUGAAGAUAGAGCUUUUCGAAGUGACAGCGAGAGUACUACGUAUAGUCCGGCAUAACAACGCCGUGUUUGGUCCAUACUACUCUGACAUCAUCAAUGGGCUUCUUCCAGCAGCCAAUGGGCCGUCAGAAUAGUGGCUGUCUGUCUGUCUGUGCAUGAGAGUAUCAUGUGACAGUCAUGUGAUAUUCACAUGAUCUGGCUGACCAAUAGAACUUCAGCUAGUGGCAAUGAUGUGGUGUACCAUAGUCUGCAUGUGGUUAUUAUGUCUAUUUCUAGAUGAUGUGGUAUCACAAUCCACUUCUAGGUGUUGUGGUACCAGUCUACUUCUAGAUUCGUAGGUACUCCAGUUUACUUCUAGAUGUGGUGAUACCAUAGUAUACUUUUAGAAAGAUGUACAUACCAUACAUAUAUACAAGGUCCAGAAAGCUAAAUGCAUGCAGGCAUGUCAUGUAAGAUACAAUGUAUCUUGCAUAGAAUACAGGGAAAGCAGUAUUCUUAGCAUACUGGUACUAAGUCUUCUACUUUUAAAGUGCAUUUUAAAGACAUCAUUCUCUGCUUUUAUCAGAAGUACUCAAACUGUUGUAGAGUACGUUUACUAGACUUCAAGGGAAAGCAUGGGUGCUUUUUCGAUUAGGAAGAUAUACCACAUAUAAUAUAGUGUCAUGUUGACGAUCUAUGUCUUAUUUAAACCAAGUAUUUAUGGAUGAUGAUGCCAGUUUUGCUGGUACACCAUAAAAGAACAGGUACACCAUAAAAGAAAAGCCUGGAAGAGUAUUGUAUCAACAGUAACAAAUGUUUAGAAAUAUGCUUGUCUUUUCGAAAACUUAGCAACCCCCUUGGAUGGAACUGUUGUCUGGUUAUAUUUUAAUAAGAGUAUGGUAGCAAUUGUGUGUAACAACAGUGUAGUUCUGUGCGUGUUUGUAUCAGACUACAUGUAGCUACCUCAGAGUUUCCAGAAAGCCGUUGAAGUCCCCACACUUGGGUGAUACGUACAAGUAGGGCCGCGGCCUUGGAGGGAUAUUUUGCGAUGAUUGUGGAAAGUAUAGAAGGAGAAUGUAUUUUCGAUACUAUUUUGACUAAAGAUGAGAAAUUCAAGACUGAUACAGAAGCAAACGCUGAAAUGCACACUAAAACGGGAUGCCUUCGUCAAGGAUAGGCAUUUUACACAGCAACUUACAGUUUUAACCUUCUUUCUGCUGGGGUGGACUUUUGGCAUCAAAUUUCAGCUGGUUUCAGGGGAAGGCAGCAAGAAGAGGGUUAAGGAUAGUCCUGAUACUUAAAGAUGAUUGGACAGAGACUUAAGUUUGGAAACUGUUACAAAAUCAGCUGGUUUGUAACAUUGAAUUGGUGUUGCCAAGAGGCUUAAAAAAGGCAUAUUUUUAUAGCAAACAUACAUUCUUUUACACAAGUUUCUUAAGAUGUUCUUUUUGACUUUUUGAUAACCUUUACCAUUGAUUAGCUUAUUUCACUAGUAAUGUAUUGAUACUUGUAACUGUUUUUGAAGUGGACCAGAAUUUUGUUCCUGAGUUUGUAUUUUCCAUUGACUGACUCGAUGGAUUAAAAAUCCAUCAUAACUUUGUUGCAGAUAGUGAAAAAGUCAAGUAUUGUAUUUUGCUUUGACAGAAAACCUUCUGAGUUUACGUAAAGGAUAUUUUGGUACUGCUUGGACAUUUUACACGUUGGUGUACGCUGAUCUAAGAAAGACAUCGCCUGUAUUUGGGGUGCAAAGCUAAAGAAAAAAACUUGUUAGAAGUUUUGUGUGAAAACAUUUUCCAUGUUUUGUGUUCAAGAUGGUGCUGAUUGUUUUACUUAAGAUUAUUUGUAUGAGGCACAAAAGUAAGGUU